GGAAAUAAUCGCAAUAAACACGAACAAACUUGUAACAGCCACGGCCUACCCGCCCUCGUUAUGCCCAAAUCCCACUUCUUUGACAAUGUCUCUCAGCGUGACUUUCUCAGACGUUUGUGCAUUUUAAUUUACACCAUAUAUGUCGCCUUUUAUUAGCAGGGUCAAGGCAGGCGAUUAAUACCUAGAGCUAACACCCAGUCUUGAACAGCCCCGAUUCUGCGCACACUUUCUGGGGACUAGGCCUCGCUAAAGACAAGCGGGACUUGGGUCUGUCUUUAUUUCGGUGCAGGGGAGGGCACUCCUUUUCAGCCUAAGGGUCCCACCUCAAGGAACCUUCCGGGGCCGGCGGUGGGCGAGGCCAGAGGCUUGUAGCCUACAUUCUAACCGCACAAGAGUCAAAAGGAUUCUGUGUUCUGCAGUAUUUCUCUUUAAAGUGCAUCAAGGCAAGCGAAGAGGCAUUAUCUUCGGUCAAGGACACAUUCAAACCAGACAAAAGCGCUCCGAAGGGUUUGUGGGGGCAGGGGCAGUGCAGUGGGGUGCGGCCUAAGGAGAGUGGGCUUCCACUCCCCCACCCUUGUUUUAGUGGACUUCUUGGGAUUUACCUUCAGGUAAGAGGGUAAAGGAAGGUUUGGGUAGUUACAGGGUAAACCACUGCAUGUCUACUCUAGUCCCAAUGCCUUAACUGGGGAUUACUCCCGGGUAAACGAGUAGUGGGUAGGAUUGCAGCUUUGAGCAUAUUUCUUUGAUUUCACUGGGACUUGCGGGUAAAGCCUGCUCUGGUCCCUAGAUCCAAAUGCUCGGGCUUAACUGAGCUGUGGAUCCAUUGCUCAGCAAGCGGAGUGGUUGCUUAUAACCUUACAGGCUCACAGCCACAAAGCAGAGAGGGUUGCUGCUUUGCCAGCAACGUCUCCUCCUGGAGCCCGAAGGGUUAAAAGUCUGUUGCUUGUUGCAAUGAAAUUAUGGCUGGCAGUGGCGCCGCUGUUUGUUCAACAGACCUCCACUUUUAAACAGUUCACAAAAAGUUCAUCAGGGCGGCGGUGAUUAUAAACAACGUAUGUAUGCGCUGGGAAGCGCGACCCUGAAAACGGGCAGAAACGAGCAAACAUCUCGCCUCGCCCACCUCCCGGGAAAGGGAUCGCGCGCGCUCGGUUGUACUUUUUGCACAGAACCGGCUCAGGCGCUGCACGCUCCCGGCUGCUGCAACUCUUCUCCGGGCCUCCGGAAAGGCCUUUCUCUCCCAGCCCGCGGAUCCCAACCUCCCUUUCGCCUCGUGUCGCUGGGAUGCAGCGGCGACGCUCCAAAGGGGAAUUUGGCAACUUCUUCUGUUGCAAAAGCUCCGCGGCAGACCUUAAGCAAUCCCAGCCUCGCUCUGGGCCCCUUCUGUGCAAACACCUUCGCCCGGAGCGAGUUUCGCGGCGUGGACUCGCAAAGAGAGAUGGUUGUCUUGCAGCAGAAGGCAACAUAGUUUUCUUUUUCUCCUUGUUUCGUUGGUUUUGUUUUUAAAUAUGCACUGUAGCGCUUUGGGAGCUAUCAUAUCUGGGCCGAUUACUUGGCAAUUUGCCUUUGACCCUCCCCCCUCUUCCCAGUUUAGGAAACCUUUGCAUUCAGGGCGCAGCUUCGCUUGCAUAUCUGCCUUUGGAAGCAAACGGCUCCCCCUCCCCACACAGCGCCCCAAGUAUCUGGGGUCGACUCAGAUCGCGCUCUUGGGGUCGACUUUUGCAGAUCUUAAGAGCACCAGCCGAUGGCAACCAACAAUACAUUUCCCCGCGAGGAAAUCCAGAGCCUUGGCUCAUUUCCAACCUAUAAAAAGCAAGAUUAGGCUCCCGGGCAUUGCUUUUCAGAAAAGGGGUGGGGGAAAGGGGAGAGGGAGCGGCGUCCCCUCCCUCCGUGCAGACAGCCCUAUCUCUUUGGACUUUGUGUCCCCUCCAUUCCUUACAGAUGAGGCAGCGCUCUGGGCGGCUACUAACCGUAUGUAAAACUCUCAAUCACUCUCCAGGCUGCGGCUGCUCCAUUUGAAAACAUUACGAGCCGUGCAUCUGGAAAACACUAAAUCUGAUUAUACACACGUGUGAAGAAAAGCCUCUGUUUUAAGGUGAAGUCAUGCUUUCUGCAACUCCACUGUAUGGCAACGUUCAUAACUGGAUGAGCAAUGAGAGAGUCCGUAUGUGUGGGAUUAACGAAGAGAGGAAAAUCCCAGUUAAUGAUGGAGAUGCUUCGAAAAGCAGGUUGGAAUUGAGGGAAGAAACUCACCUGAACCACAGUGUGGUGGAUGCCACGGCAGUGCAUCGCAUUGACAGCCUUGCAGCUCUGAGCAUGGACCGGUCUGGACUUAUGCGGGAAGGGCUUAGAGUCCCCAGCAGUAUUGUCUAUUCCAGUUUAUGUGGACUUGGCUCAGACAAGCCCCGGGACGCUACAAGUGCUAUUGCUGGCCUUGGAUUUGCUCCUGAAAGAAAUCCAGAGAUGCAGUUCAAGUCUAAUCCCACUGAAGCAAUUGAAAAUGCAGCUGGAAAACCCCCAAAUGGCUUCAGUGCUAUGUACAAAACGCCACCUGGAAUACAAAAAAGUUCGCUUCCAACUGGGGAGACCUUAGGUUUGGACAGAAGCUCAAGCGACAAACCAAGUCCUCUCAAUGUCAAUGGUGCUAGUUACCUAAGGCUACCCUGGGUUAAUCCUUACAUGGAGGGUGCUAUUUAUCCUUUUCUCGAAUCACCAAAUAAGUAUCCGUUGAACAUGUAUAAGGCCUUGCUACCUCAGCAGUCCAAUUACAGCUUGCCACAGCAUCUGACCUACUCGCCCGUAUGUACAAAUGGUGAACGUUUUUUAUACUUGCCACCUUCUCAUUACGUUUCUCCCCACAUUCCGUCAUCAUUAGCUUCGCCAAUGAGGAUCUCUGCUGCAACCGCAGCUCCAACUAUUCCCCCUCUAGGACACUGUCCAGAGAAGAGUUUGCCUUGGAAGAUGGGAGUCGGUCCCGGAACUCCUGUGGACUCUCAUGCCUAUCCACAUAUCCAGAACAGCAAGCCUCCCAGAGUCCCAUCUGCAAAGCCAGCGGCUAGUAAUAUGCCAACAGACCCCACUGUUCUCUUGUCUCAUUCACCGAGACCGUCACCUAGAGUUCACCUCCCAACACAGGUUGGGGACGCUUACUCGGAGUUUCAGAAACACUUUUCCAGAAUUUCGACGUCUCCUUCUUCAGUUACACUCCCAAAGCCAUACGUGAAUGUAAGCAAUGAGUUUCCUCCUUCAAGAGUCUCUGGGGGGAAAGCUCCUAAAACACACGACGCAGGCGAAAACUCUCAGCAGCCUACAGUCCAUACAAGGAAAACAGGUCACGACAGGAAGGACAGCAGAUCCCCUCCAUUGUUAGAAAAACAACAAACUGUUACCAAAGAUAUUAUAGACAAACCAUUGGAUUUGUCAUCAAAAGUUGUUGACAUGGAGACAACCAAAUCUGAUCAUGUUAAGAAAAUGGCUCCAACUGUGCUGGUUCAUAGCAGGGCCGGAAGUGGGUUGGUUUUACCUGGAGGUGAUCUUCCAAAAGAAACCAUUUCUCCUGGAAGUGGUUGCCCUGUCUAUAGACCUGAAAUAAUCAGCACAGCGCCUUCCUCCUGGGUUGUUCCUGGUCCAGGUCCCAAUGAAGAUAACGGGGGUAAAAACAUGCAGUUGAAAAACAAAGCAUUGGACUGGGCGACGCCACAACAGCGGAGUUCUUCUUGCCCGAGGAUGGGGGUCACAGAAGCAGUUGUCAGUAAUAUUUCAGGGUCUGUAUCAAGCGGAGGUCGCCCAGCAUCUGCUUCUCCUGCUCCAAAUGCCAAUGUUGAUUGCCCUAAGACGACUAGCUCAGUAGAGACCACUGCAUCUGUCAUACAGCACAUAGGACAACCUUUAGCAGCAGCCUCUUCAAAGCAUAGUAAUAAGGCAGCUAAAUGCAAUAAUCCAGAACCUAUCUUCAAAGCAAAUGAGAACACCCUUGCACCAACUUCCAUAUUUUUCCCUCCCAAUGAUGCAUUCCGAUCUCCACCAUUGCCCUAUCCGAGAAGCUAUCUCCCAUAUCCAGUUCCAGAAGGGUUAGCUAUAGGCCCUUUGUCUCUACAUGGGAAAGGACCUGUAUAUCCCCACCCUGUUCUGUUACCCAAUGGGAGUCUUUUCCCUGGACACCUAGCUCCCAAACCUACCAUUCCAUACAGCCUGCCAGCCAGCAGAGGUGAGUUCAUGACCUACCAGGAUGCUCUGGGUAUGGGUAUGGUACACCCAAUGCUGUUACCCCAUACAGCUUUGGAGCUGAAAGAUGAGAAAUCGGAAAGGAGGUCUAGAUCGCAUGAACGGCUCCGUUAUGAAGACCCUGCCUUGAGAAACCGAUUGCCCGAGAUGCUGGAAACCAGCACAAAACUACAUUUUGAAGUACCUGCAGACAGAAACUUGAAAUUGCACCCGAGUUCAAGUCAUGGUAAAAAUUCUGCCAAAAGUGAGAAGCACCCGUUUGCAGAACCGAGAGAAGAGCAAGAUGUGAAAGGUGAAACGAACCUGACGAAACCUAGCUUUCCAGUUGAAAGCAGUAAUCAAGCAAACGACCCCACAAAGCACAAGGUAGAACAAGGCUUCCCCCACAGAGAUUUCAUUGUAAUGAGAGAAGACUGUGGGAGAAGCAAUUUCCAUGAAGUUUAUAACUUCAAGCAAGCCCAGAGCCCACACCCAUCGAUGUUCAACUUGAGGAAAGAGGACCUUUCCUUAAGCCAGAACAGGGAGAGGUUAACGGUUCCCACUUCCUCUGUGUUCUUGGAGGCUGCUCACGGAAACGAUGGCCUAGCUAUGUCCUUUUGCAAAAUGCCAGAUGAUGCUAAACAGCUUUGUAUGGGAAACACGCAGUCAAGUAUGGAAGUCAGUCAGGCAUACGCCAAAGAGGGAACUGAGGGCAUGGAACCUAAUGAUGGCAAAUUCCUGAAACCUAAGCCAUCUAACCUGGCAAAGAGAAUCGCAAACUCUGCUGGUUACGUAGGUGAUCGAUUCAAGUGUGUUACAACGGAACUGUAUGCAGAUUCUAGCCAACUUAGUCGAGAACAGCGGGCUCUGCAGAUGGAAGGAUUACAAGAGGACAGUAUUUUAUGUCUACCUGCUGCUUACUGUGAGCGUGCAAUGAUGCGCUUCUCAGAGUUGGAGAUGAAAGAGAGAGAAGGCCACGUAGCAACCAAAGACCCGGAGGUCUGCAGAUUCAACCAAGCAGACUGGGAAAACUUGAAAGGAAAUAAUGAAAAGAAACCCAAGUCUGUCACUUUGGAAGAUGCCAUUUCUGGGCAAAAUGACAAUGACAGAUGUGAUUUUCAUAAUACGGAGAGCACCCAGGACCACGGUUUUGAAGCUCCUGAGGAGAAAGUUCCUCCAGCAGACAGUUGUUUGGAGAGACUUGCUGUAUUUGAAAAGGCCAGCGAACAGUCUGCAGAAGAUGCCAGCCAGGCCCUGUGCUCCCACCAGGACAGGAAGCGUAAACAUUCUGGUGGUGAGAAAAUGCAGAACGAUGGAAGCCUUAAAGAAAACUUUGUAGAGGAACAGGAAGAUGAAUUUGCAUCAAAAGCAAAAAAGAGGAAGAACUCCAAAGAUGACUGGCCUGAGAGGGAAAUGACAAACAAUUCCUCUAACCACUUAGAAGAGCCCAAUUGUAAUGAGGUGACCAACCUGAAGGUGUGCAUUGAAUUAACAGGGCUCCAUCCCAAAAAGCAGCGUCACCUGCAGCAUCUUAGGGAACUGUGGGAGCAGCAGGUGUCACCAGAGAGAUCCCCACCCGGCAAGUUGGGCCGGCAAAGCAGGAAAGAUUUAGCUGAGGCUGUUCAGCCAGAGGCCACUGCAAAGGUCAAAGACUGCACAGAAGAAAGGCACACCAAGAAAAGGUCAGAGGUCAAAAGCAAUAGAAGUUGGUCUGAAGAGUCCCUCAAAACAAGUGACAAUGAACAAGGUAUCCCUCCAUUCCCAGCAUCGCCGCAUAUGAAGACCCUUUCAUCUACCAAUAUAAACAGCAAAAGGCAAGCCCAGCCAAGCUGUACUCCAGUUUCAAGGUUGGCUGCCAAGCAGCAGAAAAUUAAAGAAAACUGGAAGACAGAUGUGCUGUGCACAGACGAGGAAGAAGAUUUCCAAGCCGCAUCCUUGCUGCAGAAACAUGGCGACUGUGAGAAGCCACCGGGGAAACGUCAGUGUAAAACAAAACAUUUGGCACUGCAGGAGAGGAGAAGGAGGUCAUCCCUGACAGGAGAUGAUGUCACAGAUCUCGAAAGUGCAGAGGAGAAGCCCUCACAGCUGCAGAUUGCAAGUGCCCCUCAGGAGACUCCCCCAAGUCGUCCCAUGCCGCCUGAAGCCCGAAGGCUUAUUGUCAAUAAGAACGCUGGAGAAACUCUUCUGCAAAGGGCAGCCCGACUGGGAUACGAGGAAGUGGUUCUGUAUUGUUUGGAAAACAAAGUCUGUGAUGUAAAUCAUCGUGACAAUGCUGGUUAUUGUGCCCUGCAUGAGGCCUGUGCCAGAGGCUGGCUGAGCAUUGUGCGACAUCUCCUAGAAUAUGGAGCCGAUGUGAACUGCAGCGCUCAGGAUGGAACUAGGCCUGUCCAUGAUGCUGUGGAAAAUGAUCACCUGGAAAUUGUCCGAUUACUACUUUCGUAUGGUGCUGAUCCAACGCUUGCAACGUACUCUGGUCGAACGAUUGUGAAAAUGACACACAGUGAACGAAUGGAAACGUUUCUAACAGAGUACUUAACUGACCUGCAAGGUCGAAGUGUCGAUGACCCUGGCUUGUCCUGGGACUUCUAUGGCAGCUCUGUGUGCGAGCCAAAUGGGGAAACAGGUUUUGACAUCCUAUCUAAUCCACCUGGCUCAAGUGAUGAGGAUGAAGAUGGUCUUAGUGACAUCUUUGAGUUUGAAUUUUCAGAUGUACCUCUGUUGCCAUGCUAUAACAUCCAAGUGUCUCUUUCUCAGGGACCACGGAAUUGGUUGCUGCUUUCUGAUGCAGCAAAGAGGCUGAAAAUGUCGCCCAGGAUAUUUCGUUGCAAUUUCCCAAGCGUGGAAGUUGUCAGCAUCAUGGAGGCGGAAUUUUUCAAACAGGUAUCUUUGAGUCAGCUGUUCUCUUGCCAAAAGGAUCUAGAAGCUUUCGACCCGGAAGGCAAGGAAAUGCUGGACUUGGUGGAAUAUACAAGCGAGCUACGGACUUUGCUGGGAGUUUCACUCGAGUGGUUGCAUCCAGAUGAGGAUAUGGAUCAUUGGUGAACUUCCAGGCCGCUUUAAUGUACAGUUCUCUGUAAAGUUAUGUCUUUAUGUAUAUGUGUUAAUGCCACCGUUUCUGUAAAUAAAGGACACUGUUAAAUAAGAUACCUUUCCUUUAUAUACAUAUUAUAAAUAUAUAAAUAAAUUCCAGAUGGGUGGACUUUUGGAAGAUUUCUUUUUCUUUUGAGAUGUCAUUCAGUUUUUACAAAUUGUUAUAUAAUAUUCCUUUAAAUGCACACAAACUUUGGUAUAAAUUUCUUUUUACUUGGGACUUUUUUAAAAAUAAAGGAAGUGGUUUUGCUUCACACAAAGCUUUGGUUUCACAGGAGCUGCCUGUGACAGGCAGUGUGAUCAAAGUCAUAUGGUUGUCUUGGGAGACUGUGUUGGGUAAGGCACUUCAUAAAUUUUUCAUUUUUGUUUACAAAGUUGCCUGCUUUGGCCAGGUAAACCCUAUUGAAUAUAAUUCAAUGGACUGUAAUAUAAAUUUAAAACAUAUCCAUGCGCAUCUGCUAGUUGUGUGAACUUUUAUAUCUUAAUUUAAAAGAUGUGAAAUUUAGUUUUCACAAGGCAAACUGGAUUGUUUAUAUAUAUAUGUAUGUAUGUAUGUAUGUAUGUAUGUUUAAACAUUUGAUGCUCUUUAUUUAAAAGAAGACUUUGAACUAUUUUUUCUGUAUCUUGUAAAAUACUGAAAACUAACAUAUGUUGAGGUUAAAACUGUACAGAAGCUAAAUCUUUUCUGAAUUGUGUGUUUAUGUUUGAGAUCCGUGUUUUAACUUUGUAAGUAAAUUCUUCUGCCUUUGUAUUUAUAUUUUACAAAAAAAACCUUAAAGGCAAUAAAACUGUUGAAAACUAUAUUGAUGUAACUUUGUUUUAUGCAUGAUCCUCAAGUGAACUAGGGGCCCUAUCCAACCCCAGCUACAGUAGCACCCGUGCCUUCAUAGGAGUAGAAUUGCACCAUAAAUUUCCCAUAUCCCCCAGUCCCCAUGUGGUGCUCCUUAUGGUACAGGUUUGUCUUCCAAAAACACCUUGUCACCAGACUCUUAUUUUGAAGAGAGCAGAACUGGGCAAUGAUGCAGUUUCAAAACUGCUGGUGGUCACGGUACAGUGAGAGAAGGAGAGAUACCUUCUACCCUCUGUUGUCAGAAGGCAGCAGCGGAAACAGGAAGUGCUGCUCCCAGUACCAUGCUGCCAGCGCUGGAGUCAGAUGUAGGACAACAGUAAAGGAAGCAGAUCUCUGUUGUCAGUGAAGCUUUUUAACUAUUCAAGGAAACGAACAUACACUCAGCCUAGUGGCCUCAGCAACAUUUACCAGCAGGCCUUGCCCCUAUGGAGCAGUUGCCAGGACUGACGGUCCUCGCCUUCCACACCUCUCUAAGCCUCCUCCUCUCCUGGAUGUUCCCCAAACAGCCUCAAAACUGUGUCUGUGCACCUUUGGCUUCCGUUCAGCUCUUCACAUCGCACUGGGAGCUCUUGGAGACCAAGGAGGAGGGGAGCUUUUUGCAGCAGGAGCCCCUGAGCUGCAGCCCUUCUCCUACUAGUUGCAUGCAGAGUUGCCUUCUGCAGGUUCAGGUUGCCUUCUGCUGGUACAGGUUAUCUGGGGUGUACACAUGUGCUUCUCUGUUUUAAUAAUGUACUAAUUCAGGAUAAACUUAACCUAACGAGAAACCUUACCUGGAUUAUUGGGUAAUUCCAUU